UCCAAAUUUAUUUUAUAACCAAAAUAUAAUUAUUAUACUAUAUCCAAACUUUAUAAUCAAAAUACUACCCAUUUCAGUGAUUUAAAAGAAUCACAGAAACAUGUUUAGCGAACAGUAUACGCAAAUUUAUGUGAAAUCAUUACAUGCGUUAGACUGAUUAUAUCAGUCAGUAAUAAUGAUUACAGACAAAUCGCUAACAUUUUCAUCAAAUUGUUUUGGCAAACAGUAUCUACUCCGUAUCUUGGGUGUUAAGGUUUCCUGGAUUAAACAAAUUUUCAGUUAAGGAAAUUAGAACUUUAUUUGUACCAAAGAUAGGUACGCUUGAAAAAAUAAAACAUCUGUUGGUUUUACAAAAAGAAAAAACUGUAACGUAUAUAAUGAAAUGAUUAACCUAUGCCCAUAUGUUUCAUCGGAAGAAUAACAAUCAGGUACAUUGUUGUAUCUGUGGAUCUGUGUUAAUCUUCAAUCUAAAAAUAAACAUGAUUUUAAUGGAUACAUUUAUUUCAACCAGUUCUCUUUGUUUGCCCUUGUUUGUUUGGCCAAUUGUUGCAACUAGCUCAUCGAGUUAUGGUGAUGGAAACUCAUUUUCUUGGCUUUUAUGAAAAAACAAUAACUACGUCAUGUAUCUAUAAUGCCGUAAGCAUACAGACCAACUUUAUUACACAAUAAAUUUCUUAGAUUUUUCUGCUUUUUUUCUUUUUGGGUACGGGACAGAUUUUGAGGAUCCUUUAACCAUUCUUUUAAGAAUCGUUGAAUCUUUUUCUUUUUUUUCCUCCUUUAGUUAUCUUCACAUAACUCAGUGUUGACAAUUUUAGGAGACGCCUUUAAAUAAUUAAAUCCAAUAUCUUCGUUUAAAAAACAAAACGAAUCAAAAAUACAUUAUUAAAUAUAUUGAUUUCAACGGCCGAAUGAAAUUUAAAAAAUCAAACAGUUAAAUAAGAAUAAUCCUAAAGCUGAACUCAGUGGCUAUUUAUAGCUAAGCCACUGCUUCUCUCACCACAGACGAACAAAAAAAAGAGUUUAGUUCCAAAAGCUUCCACCUACGAUAGAGUCACUCGAAUAGCUAAUCACACAACAACACACAAGAAUGAUAGCUUACAUAGAGCCAUACUUCUUGGACAACGAGUCCGACGCUGCCUCCGUCCUGAACGUCACCGGCAAAUCUUCCGACGGUGUUUCUGAGUCACUCAACAUCCAAGGGGAAAUCUUAUGCGGCGGCGCUGCGGCCGAUAUCGCCGGGAAGGACUUUGGUGGCAUGAACUGUGUGAAGCCUCUUGCCGUAGUGAGACCGCUAGGACCGGAAGAUAUCGCCGGAGCGGUGAGAGCAGCUCUGAGUUCCGAUAAACUCACGGUGGCGGCCCGUGGAAACGGCCAUUCGAUCAACGGCCAGUCCAUGGCGGAAGGAGGGCUUGUCGUCGAUAUGCGGUCCACGGCGGAGAAUCAUUUCGAGGUUGGUUUCUUGGCCGGUGACGGUGGUGGUGGUACGGCGUUUGUCGAUGUCUCGGGAGGGGCAUUAUGGGAAAAUGUGUUGAAACGGUGCGUUUCGGAGUACGGUUUGGCGCCGAGGUCGUGGACUGAUUACCUCGGGUUGACGGUAGGCGGGACGUUGUCUAAUGCCGGCGUUAGUGGACAAGCGUUCCGUUACGGACCACAGACGUCAAAUGUAACGGAGUUAGACGUGGUAACGGGAAAUGGAGACGUCGUUACUUGCUCGGAGAUGGAGAACUCGGAGCUCUUCUUCUCUGUUCUAGGUGGUCUUGGCCAAUUCGGUAUCAUCACCAGAGCUAGGGUUUUGCUUCAGCAAGCACCAGAUAUGGUGAGGUGGAUAAGAAUAGUGUACGCCGAGUUCGACGAGUUUACUCGGGACGCUGAGUGGCUGGUGAGUCAGAAGGACGAGUCUUCGUUUGAUUACGUGGAGGGAUUCGUGUUCGUCAACGGAGAUGACCCGGUCAACGGCUGGCCUACAGUUCCACUCCACCCAGACCAAGACUUUGACCCGACCCGACUCCCACAGUCUUCCGGGUCGGUUCUUUACUGCCUGGAGCUGGCUCUUCACUACAGAGAUUCUGACUCCAACUCAAGCGUCGACAAGAGAGUGGAGAGAUUGAUCGGACGGCUGAGAUUUGACGACGGGUUGAGGUUCGAGGUGGAUCUGCCUUACGUUGACUUUUUACUGAGAGUAAAACGGUCCGAGGAGAUCGCAAAAGUGAACGGCACGUGGGAAACGCCGCACCCUUGGCUUAACCUCUUCGUGUCGAAGCGUGACAUCGGAGAUUUCGAACAGAAGGUCUUCAAGGAGCUUGUCAAAAAUGGAGUCGGUGGGCCUAUGCUGGUCUACCCACUAUUGCGAAGCAGGUGGGAUGACCGUACUUCCGUGGUUUUACCGGAAGGAGAGAUAUUCUACAUUGUGGCAUUGCUUCGGUUCGUGCCUCCCGGUGCUAAAGCUUCAUCGGUCGAUAAGUUGGUGGCUCAAAAUCAAGAGAUUGUUCAAUGGUGUGUCAAAAAUGGAAUAGAUUUCAAACUGUAUCUUCCACAUUACAAGUCUCGAGAGGAGUGGAUUCGUCACUUUGGAAACCAAUGGUCGAGAUUCGUUGAUAGGAAAGCUAUGUUUGAUCCCAUGGCUAUCCUUUCACCGGGUCAAAAGGUUUUCAAUAGGGCUCUUUGACCCCCUAAUUUUCGUUUUUACUUCGGUAUUCUUGAGUUUUGUGGGUUUAAUGUAAUUUUUAUGUAAUUCUUUUUUUCCAAUUGGCCUUUGCGUCUCGUCCAAUUAUGGAGUUCACUUCAAAAGAAAAACGUCCUUUUUUGUUCAAUAUAAAUUUUUCCAGACAUAAUUUAUAUUUCAUUAUA